UACAUUUGUAUUCUCCAUGAGUCUUCCGGGCCACCGUAGACCGAAGACUUUUAACCAGGAAGUUUAUUUCAGUCUAUAAACAACAUGGCGGCCCCCGAGCUGAAACACGAGAUUUCACCGGAGGACGAAAUGCUCGGUGUUUUAGAAAAAGAUGAAGAAAUGUCCACACCUCAAACACAGAAGAUCCGAGAGACUCCAGAAGACAUCAAGCAAGAGGCCAUCAUUAAUACACUGGCUUUCCAUCCUAAAGAAGAUAUCCUUGCAGCUGGAGAUGUUGAUGGAGACAUAUAUUUAUACAGAUACUCUUGUAAACAUGGGGAGAACAAAGAGCUGUGGUCAUCUGGGCAUCACCUGAAGUCCUGCAGAAAAGUUGCUUUCUCAAAUGAUGGAGAAAAAUUAUUUAGUGUGUCCAAAGACAAGGCUGUUCACAUCAUGGAUGUAGAGGCUGGAAAACUUGUUGAGCGCAUUUCCAAAGCUCACAGCAAGCCUAUUAACAGCUUGCUGUUAGUUGAUGAGAAUGUGGUUGCCACUGGGGAUGAGGAGGGCACAUUGAAAGUCUGGGACAUGAGAAGAAGCACUUCAUUCAUGUCCCUGAAACACCAUGAGGACUACAUCAGUGACAUAGCUGCUGAUUCAGCAAAGAGGAUUUUACUUACAUCCAGCGGUGAUGGAACUAUGGGUGUGUUCAAUUUAAAGAGGAGAAGAUUUGAGUUGCUCUCUGAAAUCCAGGAUGGAGAUCUCACUUCUGUGUCCAUUAUGAAGCAUGGCCGAAAAGUGGUGUGUGGCUCCAGUGAAGGAAUGCUCUACAUUUUCAACUGGAAUGGAUUUGGAGCAACUAGUGAUCGAUUUGCCCUUCAGGCAGAAUCUGUGGACUGCAUUGUACCAAUUACAGACAACAUAUUGUGUACUGCCUCUAUGGAUGGAGUCGUCAGAGCCGUCAAUAUCUUGCCCAAUCGGGUUGUGGGCAGUGUAGGACAGCACGUUGGUGAACCCAUCGAGGAAAUUGCUUGCUCAUGGGACAAACGCUUUCUUGCCAGCUGCGCUCAUGACCAGCUCAUCAAGUUCUGGGAUAUUUCAGGACUCCUUGCCAUGAAAGUCAGCGAUUAUCGACAGCAAAAGAAAAAAGAUGGUCGUCUCAAGGCACUUAGCAAUAAAGCAUUUGGCGGAGUAGGGGACUUUUUCUCUGGACUACUUGACAUGAAUGAACCAAACAGAACAACAGAAGAGGCAGAGGACAAUGAUAGUGAUGAGGAUGAUGGAGACAGUGAAAGGAAGAAUAGAUCAUUCAACAGAUCAUUCAACUCAAAAAUGGAGAUGAAGUGGAUUAUUUUUCUGAUACUGCACAUUUGUGCUGGGAUCGAUGAGUUCUACUCUUCAACUGACCAUAUGACCCAGCUCAUUGACAUAAAGAGUGAUCUUACUCACAGUCUUCAAUUCUAUAUUUCAUCGUUGGAAAAUCAAAUUGAUCUAACAAGAAGGGCUCUUCAAGAUCUUGAUAGUAUCUCUGAUGAUACCUCAAAAGACCCAGAAAUACUCAUCAGCAACCCUCUGACUGCAUACAAAUUUGUAAGACAGCUAAGAAAUGUGGGCACAGCCAUUGAGAAAAUCACAAAGAAAAAUAUCUCCAAGGAUUUAGACAUACUCAUGUCAAAAACUCAGCUGCUUCCAAAUGAAAAUAAUUUGGAUGGCAUAGCACUCGCCAUCGUUAGACUGCAAGAACUCUACAGACUAGAGCCAAAGGACAUGACAGAAACUCCAUCUGCCCUGAACCCAGAUGAGUGUUUCCACAUUGCAAUGAUUGCUCAUCAGAAUCAGCAGUUCCAUUGUGCCAUUCUCUGGAUUCAGGAGACUAUGAGGAAACUCCAUGACGGAGCAGAAGCUGUGCUAACCGAACAGAAAGUUCUGACUCUUCUUACCUCUAUUCAGUUUCAAGUAUUGAACCAACCCUCUGCUCUUGGAGUAACACAGCCAUUACUGCACUAUGAUCAUUUAAACUGGAAGCCUAUACUCCAGUCAGCAUAUACCAACAGCCUGAUAGAGAAUAUUAAAAACUGGGAUGGAAUGCAGCACUUUCUUACUGCAUUUGACAUGUCUUCUCUUCAUCGUACUUGGCAAAAUGGAUAUGAGGCUUUGUGUAGAGGACAGGGGAUUAAAAUGACCCCUGCAAGACAGAAGAAUUUGGUUUGUAGGUACACAACAGGUCAAGGAAACCCUCAGUUGAUAUAUGCCCCUGCUAAAGAAGAGGAGGAAUGGGAUGAGCCACUUAUCCUCAGAUACCAUGACUUCAUUUCCUUAAGUGAGAUAGAGGUCAUCAAAAGACUUUCUAGGCCAAAGCUUUCCAGAGCCAAAGUUUCAGACCCAGUUACUGGGAAGCUCAUGUCUACCACAUUGCGAGUUUCAAAGAGUGCUUGGUUGUCUAAAGAUGAGAGUCCUGUGGUUGGUCGUGUCAGUCAGCGAAUUGCUGACAUCACUGGGUUGGACAUGGAUACUGCAGAAGAUCUACAGGUUGCAAAUUAUGGAAUUGGAGGACAAUAUGAACCACACUAUGACUCAAUGGUGGCGAAUGGUGUGCCAUUUACUGAGAGAAGGAUUGCAACUGUUCUGGUCUAUAUGAGUGAUGUUGAAGUUGGUGGGUCCACUGUCUUUCCCGAUAUUGGUGCUGCACUUCAACCAAAAAUAGGCUCCGCAGUAAUUUGGUUCAACCUACUAAAGAGUGGAGAAGAGGAUACGAGAACUUUGCAUGCUGCCUGCCCAGUCUUUGUAGGCACUAAGUGGGUUGCCAAUAAGUGGAUCUGUUGUCGGGGACAAGAGUUCAGGAGAAGGUGCACUCUGUCCAGGUCUGACUGAGAAUGAGCUUGAAAAAAUUAUGCCUAUGUUUCUGAAAAAAAAUAAAAAUAAAUAAAUAAAUAAAUAAAUAUAUAUAU